GUUCGAGCUCCACUCUUCCGCUCCACUACUCCCAACUCUACAACAAUGCGUUCCUUCAUUCUGAUCGCCCUCUUCGCCCUGGUCGCUGUGGCUGCAGCUCAAGGUGGACGCCGUGGAGGUCGCGGAGGCCCUCAGGGUGGUCCAGGAGGUCCCCAGGGUGGUCCAGGAGGUCCAGGAGGUCCUCAGGGUGGCCCAGGAGGUCCUCAGGGUGGCCCAGGAGGUCCCCAGGGUGGUCCAGGAGGUCCCCAGGGUGGUCCAGGUGGCCCUCAGGGUGGACCCGGUGGCCCAUGGGGACUGCCUCCCAAUGGAACACUGCCCUCCAACAGCACCACUUCUACCACCGAGGCCAGCACUUCUUCCAGCAGUUCUUCCACUGAGUCUAGCUCCUCUACUGAGUCUAGCUCCACCGAGUCAUCCGCUUAGAUCCUCGGAACUCUGAGCUCCUCGCAAAAGUCAAAAUCUUGUAAAUAAAAAUGAAUUCCUGCAGAAAUUAA